CAGCAAUGUACGAGAGUUCCAGUUGUUCCAUAUCAUUGUCAGCACUUAAUAUUGUCAGUUUUUUUUAAUUUGAGCCAUCCUAAUAGAACUUUUCCUCUGGAAACCUGGAUUCCACAAAGGCUCUCAUGUUCAUGAGUGACUGCUCAAGUCAAGGUUCUCCAGGUGCUCCUUGACUGCUGCCAAGAGGGUCUGGAGCCAGUUCACAGGAUCCUGCUGGUUCCACAGGCUCUACCGAGGUCAGAGGUCUGCCUGCCUGUUAGUCUGAAGCACAGGGACUGUGAAGUAUGUUGAACUCAGAUAAGAAUAUAAACUGUUCUUGACAUAUGUACAUCCUACCAACACUGCCCACCCUCGGCUCCUGACGAUGAAGCAAAGACUGAGAGUGUCUCUGGCCCACAUGGCUGACGUGUUCGUGUACGGGACCCUGAAGCGAGGCCAGCCCAACCAUAAUGUCCUGCUGGAUGGCACUAAUGGCUGCGCAACCUUCCGGGGCCGGGGCCACACUGUGGAGCCUUAUCCCUUAGUGAUCGCUGGAGAACAUAACAUUCCCCGUCUGCUGAACCUUCCAGGACACGGCCACUGCGUGGUGGGGGAGAUCUAUACUGUAGACGAGCAAAUGCUGCGCUUUCUUGAUGAGUUCGAAGGCUGCCCAGACAUGUACCAGCGCACCCAGGUGAGGAUUGCCGUCCUUGGGUGGGAAGGCACGCAUAGCACCCCUGAGGAGUCUCCAGCUGCUGAAAGGACCCUGCAGUGCUUUGUCUACAGCGCAGCCACCUACCCACCGGAGUGGAUCCACCUCCCAUACUAUGACAAUUACAACUCUGAGGGGACACACGGGCUUCGUUAUAAUCCACGGGAAAACAGAUAAAAAUGUGAGGAAUGCUCAGCAGCCAAAAAAAAGACAGAGCCCAGAUGAUUAUGAGAUUACCUCAGCUUGGUCUGCACUCACUGAAUGCAAGAGCAUUAUAAUGCCUUUUGAAACAAAUAUUUGUAAAACUCUGUGGAAACAGAAAUAAUCUUUUUUAGUGGCAGCCAAUUUCCCAGAUAAUUUUGACAUACUGAUAACAGCAUUGUGCCCUGAAAUCUCUCUAUCUGAUACUGCUUUAUUGCUUGCUGCCUGAAGAGCAUCAUGGGCUUGAAUGUAUUGGAUAAGAAAAAUUUAGGAUUUUAAUUCCCGUAAAUGACAUUUCAAGAACUCGUGUGUUAUCAUAGUUUUCUUUCUUCCUUCUUUGCUUUGCUGAAGUCUGAAGAAAGCAUUUAAAAUGAAUGAAAAGACUGUGUUGCACCUAGAUUUUCGCAGCCCUACUCUAUUGAAUCUGACCUGUAGCACCAAGAAAAAAAAACUUUUUAAUCUGAUCUUGGAUGUCUCAAUGUAAUAAAAGAAACUCAAGAAAAACAUGCUGUAUUUUAGAGUAGUUUUAAAGUAGAUUUAACAUUGUUCUUCACAGUUUUCAGAUCAAGCUUAUUAAAGAAGAGAUUAUUAAAGGUAAUCAUUUAAAAUUAAACUAGAUGUUUUAGUAAGUGAAAGUACUGGUGCUAUUUUUGGCCCUUUUCUUGGGCAUACUUAUUUGGUAGAAUGUUGCUGUUGUUGUUGUUUUUUUUUUCCAUUCGAAUUUAGCAAAAUAAUAAGCACCUACUUGCUGGCAGACAGACACAGUUGAUUUCAGAUGGAAGUUCACCCAAGCCCAGAGCCCAAUGGCAAGGCACUGUCCCUGCUUCCCAAAGGGAGCAGCAUUUGGGGCAGCCCUUUUGGAGAAGAACCAAUAUAUUAGUAAUUUGUUCUUCAGGCCUGACAGAAAGCUUAGCUUCCAUAUACAAACAGCACUUAAAAUAAUUUUAGCAAGGCAUGAAGUAGCAAUUACUAUCCACCUCCAUCUGAUGUUCUGUCAGGGUAGAUUCAGAUCAGUGCAUGACUGGCUCUGCUUAUUUACUAGCAAAAAGUAUGAAAUGUAUUCUAGGAAUUUCAGAACCAAAUGAAAAUGCAGCUGCUGAUCCUCAGUAACCUCAGUCUCUGUGGAGAGAGCUCACUGACUCUUCAACCUAAUGGUAGACUGUGAUCACUAACUGCAUCUGGCACAAAAAACAUGAUCAUUAUUUUAGCCCUUUUUUCUUAAUUGGAAACUUGCUUCACAAAGACACAAGGCAAGGAUGGGUAUCAGCUGAUUGGCCUGUAGCAGCCCCACCCACUACAAUUGGGGUGAGGGAGUCCUGUGGGAUGGGCAAGAGGGAACCAUGUGAGUCUCUCCCUAAGGUAACACUGCCGGGGAUCGAGCAGAUCCAUACUUACCCAUGAGAGCCACAGAGGAGAGAUUUCCAAAGUUGUCAUCUGUGCUGUAUGGACUUACGAAGUUACUAAUAACCACCAACAACAGGAGUUAGGUCCUCAGCCAGGAUGAAGUAGGUAACCAGAUUAUAAGGUAGAAAAUGCUAAUUUUAAUAAAACUGAAGGCAAACAGCUAGGAUUUACGUAAAAUUUUUAAAGGAUCACAAUAAAUGCUAUUAUUUAAAGUCUACCGGCAAAGCUCA